AUGUUGUUGUCGACUGCCUCCGCCGCAUUCCUCCUAUUCUCGCCUAGCCCGCCUCAAGCUGAGGACUCGUGCUUAUCCCAGUCUUACUACGGCAGCCACGGCACGGGACACCUCUACAUCACCAGCGACAACAACUGCGCGGCCAACCUCCUCGACGUCGACCACUCCGUCGCUGGUGUGUUCAACAAGCCAGCUUCGCGGGACACGCAACUCGUGUGGCUGCAACACCAGGCGGUAGAGGAGACUCUUAAGCUUCAGAAUGACGAGAACCUUCUCGACUUUUUGGCGCGUAUCACCGUACACGACGCCCCCGUCGGCGACCAGGUCGUCAUGAGCCCCCGCUCAGCCGCGGAAGUCGUCUGGGCGAGCGCAGGACACGCGCUCGUCUCCGUGGAGAAGGACGUCGCGCUCACGCUCGACCAGCACCUCCCCCGCUUCUGGCGCGCGUCCCCCCUCCCCGUGGAGCCCAUCCCCUUCGUCCCGGUGCCGUCCAAGGCGGUCGAACACGUCAAAGACAUCCUCUCCGGCAUCAAGUUUGACCCCGACGUUGCCUCAAUAGUCAACAACAUCUCCAUCGCCCAGCUCCGCUCCGACAUCCGCUAUCUCACCGGCGAGAGCCCGGCGUCCGAGAUCGUCUCUCGCCACUCGUUCUCGCAGGGCGCCCAGAUCGCCGCCAAGUGGCUCAAGGCGAACUUCGAGUCGCACGGCGCGACGUGCGAGCUCAAGCCGUUCCUCUCUGGCUUCACUCCGAACGUCAUCUGCAAGUACCCAGGGACGGAGAACACAACAGAGACGGUCCUGAUCAGCGCCCACUACGACUCGCGCGGGUCGUUCGGGAGCGUGCGCGCGCCCGGGGGCGACGACGACGGCUCUGGCACUAUCGCGCUCCUCGGCAUUGCACGCACCAUCGCACGCAAGGGGAUCACCUUCCGCAAGAACGUGCAGAUUUGCGCCUUCGCGGGCGAGGAGCAGGGCCUCUAUGGCUCGCGCUACUACGCGCGUGAGAUGUACGAGGGCGGGGCGAACCUGACCCUCAUGAUACAGGCGGACAUGCUCGGGUACCACAAACCUGGCGAACCAGCCCAGCUCGGGCUUCCUGACUUUAUCGGUACUCCUGAGGUCGCUCAGCUUGUGUCCAACCUAUCGGCGAUCUACAGCCCUGAGCUCUCUGUUGGCUUUACCCCUGCGUGCUGCAGUGAUCACCAGAGCUUCCACAACCUGGGCUUUCCCGCGACUCAAGUCUUCGAGCGUGCGGGACCCAUCGCAGAUCCCAUGUACCACAACAGCGGCGACCUGAGCGACCGUGAAGGUUACGACUUUGACCAGAUCAAGUCCAUCGCGAAGAUUCAGUUCGCCACGCUUCUGCACGCUGCGGGCUUUGACCUGCCUGCUGCGGAGUGA